UUGUCUUGCACCAUUGUUUUACACUCCGUCUCUUUUGGGGAGUGUAACCGGCCCAUGGCCCACUGCAGGGGCACCGUGCUGCAGAAAGGAGUGGCACCCAACGCCCACCAGACCUCCCAGGUGUUGGCCUCGGAGCUCAGCCUGGCGGCCUUCAUCUUGCUUCUGGUCAUGGCCUUCUCCAAGAAAUGGCUGUGCCUCUCCGGGAGCCGCUUCUACCAGCGCUGGCCGGCCAACAUCAGCACCAGGAUCCACAUGUCAGCGCACAUCAUGGCCAGGGGGCCCCUGCAGAUCUGCAAUUCCAGGAGCUGUUUCAACUUAGAGAACGGGAAACAGAGUUCUAAGGAGUGGACGGAUCAGCCAGUCUCUGAAGUUGCCAAGAUCAGCUUCUGGUUCGCCGUGGGGCUGGGCUUUGUCCUCGCCGUCUGGUUGCACCUGCCAUACUUGCCCGGCCUCGAGCGAAUGCCAUCCUUUUACUGGAUUGCGACUAUCAUGAGCUCCUGUGAAGUUGCCUUCAUUUUCUCCACCCUCAUGUUGUUCCCUAUUAACCUCUGGAUCUUCGAGCUGAAGAGGAAUUUAUCAAUCCCCAUUGGCUGGAGCUAUUUCAUUGGUUGGCUGGUGUUUGUCUUUUAUGUCAUCUGUGCCAUUCUUUGCCACUUCAACCAAAAAAUAUUCCGGAGUCUGGAUCUGCAGUAUCCCUCUGGCACCAUGUCUCAUAGCAGAAGUUCCAGCUCAGCCCAAAACACUUGGAUUGAGCAGAGUAUCUCAGAGAGCUCUACAUCAAGUAGGAAUUCCUGA